AUUCAAAACAUUGUCUGUUAAAAUUAAUUUUUAUAAAUAUAUUUCUCCUGCACAAUAUUAUUGACUCGAAUUGUGCAGUCGUUGACGAAAUUGAUAAAAAUUUAGAAAUGGAUCGCAGAGUUGGUGCCGCUAUGGCCAAACUUUAUGCCACUGAUUUUGAAGUCUUUGGUAAGGUACAAGGUGUUUUCUUCAGGAAGCACACAGAGGCUCAGGCUAAAAAACUUGGUCUACAUGGUUGGUGCAUGAACACUACUACUGGUACAGUCAAGGGUGAAAUUGAAGGACCGUUGGAAAAAAUCAAUCAAAUGAAAACUUGGUUGCGUGAAACUGGUAGCCCUAAGUCACGUAUUGACAAGGCUAACUUCUCCGAAGCCAAGGAAAUACCACAGUAUUCUCACAAAUCAUUUGUCAUUCGUCGCUGAUUGCAUCCAUUGCAUCCCCCUCAAAUCAUUUGUCAUGUCACUGAUUGCGCUGCAUCAGUUAAAAAUUUCUAUUUUGUUCCAGAGUAUUUGAGUUUAAUAAAAUUGAUGUUUAAAGAUAAUUUUAA